GGCGACGAACAGGCGUCUGGAGUUUGGAGGGUUCAUUGUCGUCUUUCCGAGUCGGCGUGGAACAUGUCAUCGACGCAGCUCAGGCGUAGACUGGUAAGGCACAUUUGCUCAACACCAUGACGACAACUAUGCUCACCACCAUGACGACAACUAUGCUCAACACUAUGACGACAACUAUGCUCAACACUAUGACGACAACUAUGCUCAACACCAUGACAACUAUGCUCACCACCAUGACGACAACUGUGCUCAAUGCCAUGACGACAACAAGACACAAUUUGUCGUGUUCGUUUUUCAUUGUGCGCUAGCGCUGCGCUAGCGGGCGGCUGGGGCGCCAUUCCCUGCCAGAUCAUAUCGCCGGGUCCAACUGCAUGUAGGAGGGCUGACUCUCAUGUGUAGCAAUCUUCUCUGCAGUUUGGGCAGUGUGGAUACGACGUACGGCCGGAAUCGGGAGGCAGUAUAAGGGAAGGAGCCAUCCACAAUGUAUUGUUCGCAGCUUCGCACAAGCUCGCGUCGUGUUUCUGCAUUGUUACCCCGGAUUCACAGCCGAGAUGGCAUCGAAGGAUGUCGAUCCUUCCGCGCGGCUGAUCGCCCCGCAUGGACUGCCGCUUGCGAUCAUCGUCACCUCGUUGAUUUUCUCCGCUGCAUCAAUCACUGCUGUGUCGCUGAGAACCUCCACGUUCGACUGAAGAUGAAAUUCUCGGGUUG